GAUGGCGGCCUACAGUUGGUUUAAUUUGAGGGAGAGGAUAUAGAAUAUUGAAAUAUCUCCCUCUGUCUAGUUGCGAUUGUAAAGAUACAAUUUGAACAUGCAGGCUGAAAGUUUACGAGAACGAAGUAUGCGAAAAAAGAAAGGGAGAACAUGGGCCGAAGCAGCAAAAAUCGUAUUAGAAAAGCAUCCCCAGACUCCAAUGAGUCAUAAGGAAAUUUUAGAAGUAAUUCAGGAUGAGGGCCUUAAAGACAUAAGAAGUGGCACCACUCCUUUAGCCUGUCUCAAUGCAAGUUUGCAUGCUAACUCACGUGGGUCAGACAGCACAUUUUACAAAGUGGCAGGAAGAAUGGGAGUGUAUGGAUUAAAGUGUGACCUGCCGUCUGGAGCAUAUCUGGAAGAACUGGAAGAGGAUGAGAUCAACAUUAAUGAGGAGGGGGAGGUAGUGGAGCCACCCUCACAAAAGACAACACGAGAGAGAAAGAAAGAGAAGGUGAACUAUGUUACCCUUCCUGAUGCUGGCAAGAUGGUGCCUCCUGCUGGAGAAGAUUCUUUGGAUGAAAUUUCAGUUGAUGCUGUGGAGUCAAAAGUAACAGUGCCUCAAAACGGAGACCUUAUGCAAAGUGAACAGACACUAUCAGGAGGAGAGACAUACUCUGCAUUAAAUUCAGAUGUCACAAAUAAUGUCCAGCCUUUAACUCUAAAAUUACGUACACGUCACAAGCGACGAAAAAAUAUCAAGUCUGACUCUGCUGUAUAUCCCAGGAUUAAAAUCAAGCCUAUAGAUGGUGCUAGUGUAGCUCCUCCAGCCAUCGAUGAAGGGGAUUCAGCCCAAAGUGCCAGUUCAUCAGCAAGCUCGCUGGCAAACAUGGUGAAUUCCACAGGAAAUGCUGACACACCUCACAGUGUUACCAGAUCGGCAGCCGCAGCAGCAGCUGCAGCCUCUAGCACGUCAGCAGCCAGUCUACUGGGAAUACCUAGCAGUGCUGCUAAAACACAGAGUCUCAGAGAACUGUUGUCUACUAUACCUGGGUUCAGUAUGAAGCCAAGGAAGAGAACUGGCAAAAAGCUCAGCCCAGCCGCCCAGCUAGAACAGACCAAAGAAGGCUGCAUAGACUUGGAGACCCCAGAUUCUAUUCUCACCAAUGUCAACUUGAGGGCCUUGAUCAACAAACAUACGUUCACCAUGCUACCUCCAGCCUACCAGUACAAACUGCUUCAGCUUCUGCCAGAAUGUGACAAGACUGUCAUGGCUGAUGGUUCUUUGAGACUGAGCAGCACUGCCUUAAACAAUGAAUUUUUCAAUAAGGGAUGUCACGAGUGGAGGGAGAGACUCUCAGAAGGUGAAUUCACCCCUGAAAACCAGCAGAGAAUCAAAGUGGAAGAAGAGAAGGAACAGGCCAAGCUUGACCCAUGGAAAGUGAAACACUUUGAACCAAUCUGGGGCCAAAAGCUUAUCCGAGAACCUCAAUCUACUCUGGCAGUGUCAUCACCCAUAUUAGCUGCCCAACUCAAGGCUAGUGAUGCCGUUCAGAAUCCAUUCAUACCCACUGCAGUGAAAAUUGGAAGUCCUGUCAAGAAAGCCAAACUGGUAUCUACCAUGUUGAAACAGAGGGCAAUCUCCCAGACAGUGGCGGCAUCUACUGGGCGUGUUACACAGAGAUUGUCCUCUGGGACUGGUGUGUCUGCCAGAAAAACUGCUACAGCAACUAUGGGUGGUCAAGGACAUGAUGUUACCAUUAUACACCAUUUGAAAAGACCACCACUUUCAAGCAGUGGUAGUGUAGCUGGCAGUCCUCCUAAGAAGGCCAAAGUAGGACCAAGCCAAGCAAAGACUCUAGCACAGAUAAAAGCACAGACUCAAGCUGCAAAGUUGCAGCGAGCGCAAAACCACCAACAACAGCAUCAUAAUUAUGCUGUGGUUCAACCAUCGCAUGCUCCACAUGUGCCACGUAUUUUAGCACGUAGCCAGGGCCAGACACGAACACUGGCUCAGAUUAAGGCACAAACAGCUGAGAAAAAACAACUUCAACUUCAGUUGCAGCAGCAACAAACUGUACAGAUACAGCAACCAGAAACAAGUCAGGUGCAGCAACCAGCGACGGCCAACAGUCAAGUUAUUGCCAGUUCUUUAUCAAGUUUGGUGUCACAACCUGUGACUACUGUUGUGGUGACAACUUCACCUCCUAGUAAUCCACAGGGACACACAAGAACUCUAGCUCAGAUUAAAGCACAGAACAGGGCUAAGAUGCAGGCCAGAACUACUCAUAUUGUUCAUCCACCAGCAACUCCAGUAUCAGCAACAAUACAACAACCACAACAGCAGCAAGCUGCUACACAGCCGGUACAGAAGGUUGUCACAGUAUCCACCCAGCCCACCUUUAUAGUGACAACCACACAAAGUAAAAGCCCAAAUCGCCCUGCUGAUCGAGCCAGAGUGGUGACAAUCAGUAAUAAACUUAUGAAACCAGAUGAAAUUGCAUCAGGCCCAGGGGUUAACUUGGAGAGAUCCUAUGCAAUAUGUCAAGCUGUGUUACAGAAAAGCAUGGUGUCAAUUCUCAGUAAACCUGGUGAUGAUACACAACAGCAGCAACAACAGCACCCUGAAGAUGACAUGGCUGGGGAACAGUCCCGCCCUGAAACCCCAAGAUCUGUAGUAGUUGUUACACAAUCUGGUAAAAUGGUGAUGUCAUCCUCGUCCACAGCAGAUAUACAGGGUGCUAAUCACAACAAAGCUGCAUCAUUGUCAUCACUGUCAUCUUCAUCAUUAUCAACAUUAGCGUCAUCGUUGUCAGCUUCAGCACAGGUGGGCGGCUCUCUGUCUCAGUCAACGACAACUCAUGCGGGCGGAACUAUAACCCUAGUGCAAAACUCUAAAGCGCAGCAGUUGAAGGCUACAGCUGUCCAAAAAACAACACCAUUAAUGCAGGCCACAAAGCCACAGCCUAUGACAGUAGCCAAAAUGUUGGAGCAGCAACAGCAACAAGGAGGGCAGCUUCAGCAUAAAACUACAGUGUCUGGGAACAGUAACAAUGGUGUAAUAUUAAAGCAGUUGAAAGGUAUUCCAUCUGGUGCUGUCAUUACCAGUGGGAAUGGUAAUAUUGACACCAAAGGAAAUAUCAUUGUGACAAGUGUGGGUGGAACUAAGAUUUUGUCUUUGGGGUCAAAACAGAACACCCUCAGUGCCUUACUGGCAGAUUCUAAAAAUCCCCAGAUGCUGAUUAAACCUGGAGGAAGUAAUGGAAGUAAGGUGGCCACUACUCCCACUAGCAGUGCCACAACCACAAGUGCUCUCAGUGCACUUCUCAAAUCACAACCAGCAAAUCUCACUUUUGUGGCCUCAAAAAAUGGGGGACAGUUAAGAGGGCCCUCUGGUAGUCAAAUAACAGUAACUGGAAAAAGCCCAACAGGUGCAGCAUCGCAGCUGCAGAACCUUGCGGCUUCUUCUAACUUGGCCAAUGCCCAGGCUUUGUCUAAUAUAACAGGGUUUCAGGUUGCUGGGGGAGGCAAUGGUUCCAACCUACCACACAGUCUUUUCAUAGGUGGAAACAAUGUACAGAGGACUAAUACCACCCUGGCUGCUAUUCCAGGAACAAAUAAUGUGGCUCUGAUCACUAGCUCUAGCAAUGGAACUGUUACAUUUAUCCCUAGCUCUACACCUGUUCAGAUGCUGCUGCAGCAGGGUGGGACAGUAUCAUCCAGUGUACAUCUGGCGGUGGAAUCUCCAACUGUCUCUACUGUAGCUUCUACAAAUGGAACCACAACUACGUCAAACUCAUCUCAGCCAUCUAAAUGUGCAUGCAACCUUAAAGCUAUGGUCAUGUGUCAAAAAUGUGGUGCUUUCUGCCAUGAUGAUUGCAUAGGCCCAUCCAAACUUUGUGUCACUUGUUUGAUUACUACGUAACAUGAGACUACAUGGCAUAGUAUCACAAUAUUAUUUUCAGUUAUGUGUUGUUUGUUUUGACAUGUUAACAGCACAGGGGUGCAAAUAAAAAAGACGUUUUUCACGUCUUGUUUUCAAAGUAUAAAAUACAUUUAACAGAUUUCCAAAUACCUUAAUGUAUCUUAGUAAUGUAUUGUGCAAUUUGGAGAAUUUUUUUUAUGAAGGAUGUUGACAUGGGGAACCAACACAUAUCUUAAUUGCUAUUUGUUGGUUGGACAAGAAUAAUUUAACAAUAAUACCUUUGCAUAAUAAUAUUGGAAUCAAACAACUAAAAUACUUAAUCACAGUCUACAUACCUCACUGUCAUUAGCAAAGGCAUGCAGUCAUUGCAAUUAAAAUUAUGGUUAUUCCCAGUUGGGGUGUGUAGAUUAUUUAUUUAUGAUCAUGGGGUUAAAAUACCAUCUGGUUUGAAUCUUAGUCAUGGGUAAGGUGGGAGUGAUCUUACACCUAUUUAAAUUUUUGUUUGAUUUGAUUUUGGAGUUGAUUUAAAGCCAGGUGCCCAGCCUUGACAGGUAAACCUGCAUGUAAAAUGAACUGAUGAUCUAUUUUAGCAAGUAUAAGUAUCCAGGGUGUUUCUAGUAUUCAUUGUCUUUAGUUUCAUUCAGUGUGAUUAUUUCACAGUUGAGAAUAGCAUUGUUUGUAUGAAAAUUCUCAAAAUGUACUGGUAACGGAAUUGGGUCAUAUGAUUUUACAUAUAAGAUAUUGAAAAGUUAAAUUAAUGACAGUCAUGUAAUUGCACAUUUAUAUUACUUACAAUCUAAACGGAUGCACUGUUGAAGCUGUCAACACUUCAAUAUUAAAUUUGAAUUUAAAAUAACCUUUCAGAAAAAAGUAGAAAAAUGUCAGCCAGAAAUUGGGUAUCUUAAACAGUAUUUUCAAAAGUAUCAACGUAACAAAGCAAAAUUGUACUUGUCGUUUUGAGAUUUUGUUUACAAUUUACUGUGAACAAACAAAAAGACUUAGACACCCUGGAUAUGAGUAAAGCAAUGUAUAAUAUCGUGUAAAUUUAACGUAUUUAUAAUCCUGUUGAAACAUUUGUUGUUAAUAAACAAAUUUGUAAAUGAG